AUGUCGAAUAAAAUCGUCAUUAUUGGAGCCGGAUUUGCUGGGGUCUGGAGCGCUCUCUCAGCGAAACGUCUAAUCGGUCUCAGCCAAAAUGAGAGACACAUUGAGGUUAUAGUAGUGGCACCUGGAGCAUCUUUGGUGCUGCGUCCACGCCUGUACGAGUCCAAGCCUUCGAAGAUGGCUUACCCUCUCAAGGCUCUUUUUGAGGCUGCAGGAAUAACGUUCUUUCAAGGCACUGUAACAUCUAUUGAUACAGAGAGACACGGCAUACAAGUCAAAUCUGCCAAGGGUGUCCAAUCAACUAUCGUCUACGACCGUCUCAUUCUAGCAGCCGGAAGUACCAUCGUGAAACCUAAAGGGAUUAUUGGGAUUGAGGAAAAUACAUUUAACAUCGACUCUCUAGAUGCUGCUGUAACGCUUCAAGAUCAUCUCGAGAAGCUAGCGUCGCUUCCCGCGACCACGAGUAGGGAUACUGUCGUUGUUUGUGGUGCUGGCUUUACCGGUAUUGAAACCGCGAGCGAGCUGCCUAAGCGGCUUGGGCACAUCCCCAAUCACCGGAUCAUCUUAAUUGAAAAGACAGGCCGAAUCGGACCCGAACUCAGUCCUUGCUAUCGUCCGGUUAUCACACAAGCUUUACAAGAACUCGGCAUAGAUAUCAAGCUCGGGUCUGCCGUAAAAUCUGUUGAUGCUAAUGGGGUCAACUUUGAGUCUGGAGAACGUAUUGAAACAAAAACAACGAUCUGGACUGUUGGAGUGAGAGCAACGCACCUGACCCAGCAGAUCCCUGGGGAUAAAGACGCCUUCUCUCGCCUUCAUGUUAACCGAGAUUUACGGGUUCCAUCAGUCAAUCAUGUAUUUGCCACGGGGGAUGCUGCCUGUGUCCUCGCUGAUGACAGUGGCCACCAUGCGCAAAUGUCCUGUCAGCAUGCUCUUCAGCUUGGAUGCGUUUCUGGUCAUAAUGCUGCUGCAGAUCUUCUUGGUGAACCGACUCUCAAUUAUAGUCAACCCAUAUAUAACUGCUGUCUUGACCUUGGUGCAUGGGGAGCGGUAGUUGGAGGAGGUUGGGAGGGCCAGGUCAAGGUUACUGGCGAUUGGGCAAAGCGCGUGAAGGAGUAUAUUAACCAAAAGCUGAUAUAUCCUCCGACAGAUGUCCAGGAAGCUCUCAAAUGGGCAAAGGCAGUCCGUCCUGAUUCAGACUACUCUCUCGACCAGGUCAUACAGGCGAUGGCAUAA